GAGAGCCAUCGAGCCGUGUCAGAUCGAGCUCUUGGUUCGUCUUUAUUUCGCUAUUUUUUUCGCUCUUCUUUGCUCCGGAGCUGAUGCAGUGGCUUUGAGGCAGAGGAGCGAGGAGGCGGAGGAGGAGGAGGAGAGGAGAUGGACAGCCCACGGAGGAGAGAGAUGAGAAGUAAAGGAAUAAAAAGGGAAUAACGGCGAUUCCUGUUUCUUUUUUUUUUUUUUAAUGCUGGGGGGGGGGUCGUAUUAUUAUCCCGCCUAUAGACCAGCGGCGCUGGCGUUAGCGUGGCUGCUGGCCGGGCCGAACAGAAGGGUGUUGUCAGAAUAAAAAAAAGGACCGAAGGAGGCAAAGAGAAGAAGGGGAGAGCGGAGAAGGAGAAGAGGAGGAGGCGGAGGAAGGAAGGAGGGAAGGAGGCUGACUCGGGGACAGAAAAAAGAGGUGAAUCGGCGCGCGAGAAAGGCUGCGACACUUUUUUUUUCCUCCCUCUCUCUCCACGACGAAUUAAAAGGCCGACCAGAAAUAAUAAAUAAAAGGAGGAGAAAGUGGGGAUGGCGUGAAGCGCGAGGGCUGGAGAGGAGAGGAAGGCGGAUAGAGAGAUAGAGAUAAAGAGGAAGAGGGGGAAGAGAAAGAGUCUGCGGCCGCAGCUCCGCGUCAGCGCCGGAUAGCCUCGCCGUUCAGGAAGCUGAUGAAGAGAUCACGAGAGGAUGGAUGGUGCAGUAGCGUCAGCAUGAAACUCUUCAGUGCUCUGCAUCAGGCCGCUCUCAUGCGCCGCUAGAGACACACACACACACACACACACACACACACACCAUAACCCAGAUUAGCCCCUUAAACUCGGAGGGUCUGUAUGAGGGUCCGCACUUCAGCCCCUCACCCUCGUCACUACAGAAAGUAGGCAUUCGUUUCAUAGCAGUUACUGUGUGAUUCACAGUCGAUUCAGCGUAAUAACAGCUUACUGAACAGCAGGCCUGCAGUUUAAGGGGUUAAAUCCCUCCGCUCCCCUCCCCCCUCCCCCCUCGCACCACCCUGAACCCCACGUCUGCUCCGGCUGUCCUCCUGAGGCCACUAGGAAUCAUUCUCACCUUCCUUUGUUUCCCCUCUUUCACUUUUUGCUGCUGCACCCUGCUCUGGGGUUGCUAGGAAACACACCUCCACUUUUUUGUUGUUAAUUUUUUUGUUUUUUUUUUGUUUACAUCCUUUCGUUUUUGUUUAUUUUUGCUGCAACACCUGCUAGGAACUUUUCUCCGCCAUCCUUUGUUUUCAGUCCUUUGGUUUUUGCAGUGGCCCUGCUAGGAACUACGAGCAACUGUUUUCCACCCUCACUUUUUGCUGCAGCACCCUGCUCUGGGGUUGCUAGGGAACGAGGUUUUAUUCCUUUAUUUAUUUUUUUGCCGUAGGAAUAAUUCGCCGUCCUUUCCGGUCCAUCACCUGUCGGAGAGCGGACAGGAACCGUUCUCCGCCUUCUGCUUGUUCCCACUCCUUCACUUAUCACUGUAACACCUGCUAGGGCCUGACAAACGGCUACUCUCCAUCACUUUUUGCCAUAACACCUCCCCCUCCCCUCCCCCCCAACUGCCCCCCCCAAACCCUUGCAGGACCUGGUCAUGUCACUAGGGGGCGUCAGCGGCUGCGUGCGGGCGCCGUGCCCGCGCCGCAGGUGGCACACGUGCCUGGUGUGGUUGGCACUGAGGCUGGCCCUCUCCUCGUGCCAGCGGGCCGCCGACCUCAGCGCCCCCAAACACCCCAUCGUCGCCACGGGUUACGGGAAGCUCCGCGGGAUACGAAAGGAGCUGAAUAACGAGAUCCUGGGCCCGGUGGAUCAGUACCUGGGCGUGCCGUACGCCACCGCGCCGGUGGGUGAGCGGCGCUUCCAGCCCCCUGAGGCGCCGGGCUCCUGGCAGGACAUCCGAAACGCCACCCAGUUUGCCCCCGUGUGCCCUCAGAACAUCCACGGCGUUCUGCCCGAGAUCAUGCUGCCCGUCUGGUUCACGGACAACCUGGACGCCGCCGCCGCCUACGUCCAGAACCAGAGCGAGGACUGCCUGUACCUCAACAUAUACGUCCCCACCGAGGACGGUCCGCUCACAAAAAAACACGAUGAGUCUUCGAUGAACAGGCCGAGGGAUGAAGAUAUCCGAGAUCGUCGGAAGAAGCCGGUCAUGCUGUUCAUUCAUGGCGGUUCGUAUAUGGAGGGUGCGGGAAACAUGUUUGAUGCGAGCGUGCUCGCCGCCUAUGGCAAUGUCAUAGUGGUCACCAUGAACUACAGACUGGGGGUGCUGGGCUUUCUGAGCACUGGAGAUCAGUCGGCUAAAGGGAAUUACGGCCUGCUGGACCAGAUCCAGGCUCUGCGCUGGCUCAAUGAGAAUAUUGGCCAUUUCGGGGGCGACCAGGAAAGGAUCACUAUCUUCGGCUCCGGCGCCGGGGCGUCCUGCGUCAACCUGCUGAUCUUGUCCCAUCACUCUGAGGGACUGUUCCAGAGGGCCAUCGCCCAAAGCGGCUCGGCAAUCUCCAGCUGGUCCGUUAACUACCGGCCGCUCGACUACACCAAGAUCCUGGCCAAGAAGGUGGGCUGCAGCUACAGCGACACGGCCGACCUGGUGGACUGUCUGCGGAGGAAGAGUUUUCGGGAGCUGGUGGAUCAGGACAUCCAGCCGGCGCGAUAUCACAUUGCCUUCGGACCCGUGGUGGACGGAGACGUGGUGCCGGACGACCCCGAAAUCCUCAUGCAGCAGGGAGAGUUCCUGAACUAUGACAUCCUGCUCGGGGUCAACCAGGGCGAAGGGCUGAAGUUUGUGGACGAUAGCGAGGGAGAGGAUGGCAUCUCCGCUGCCUCGUUUGACUACACCAUUUCCAAUUUUGUGGACAACCUCUACGGAUACCCAGACGGUAAAGACAUCCUGCGCGAAACCAUAAAGUUCAUGUACACGGACUGGGCUGACCGAGAUAACGGCGACAUGCGGCGGAAAAUGCUGCUCGCGCUUUUCACCGACCACCAGUGGGUGGCGCCGGCGGUCGCCACGGCGAAGCUACAUGCAGAAUUCCAGUCUCCGGUUUAUUUCUACACCUUCCACCACCACUGCCAGACGGAGGCGCGGCCGGAGUGGGCCGACGCGGCGCACGGCGACGAGAUCCCCUACGUGUUCGGGGUGCCCAUGGUGGGGGCCACCGACCUCUUCCCCUGCAACUUCUCCAAAAACGACGUAAUGCUCAGCGCCGUCGUCAUGACCUACUGGACCAACUUUGCCAAAACCGGAGAUCCGAACAUUCCGGUGCCGCAGGACACCAAGUUCAUCCACACUAAACCCAACCGCUUUGAGGAGGUCAUCUGGACCAAGUUCAGCUCCAAGGACAAGCAGUACCUGCACAUCGGCCUGAAGCCUCGUGUCCGCGACAACUACCGUGCCAAUAAGGUGGCCUUCUGGCUGGAGCUGGUGCCUCACCUGCACACGCUGCAUGAAGAAAUCAUCAACUCCAUCACCACACGCCUGCCACCCGGAGGGGGCGGGGGUGGGUCCCACCGGCCCGGCCGGAAGGGUCCUGUGCAGGGUCCGGGAACACGAUCCACGAGGCAUCCGGUGGUGUCUACUUACCCUCCGGAUACAGAUCCGGAAGGUUCGGAACGUCCGCGCUUUUCUCCGUUCCCGGAAGCCACUCGGGAUUAUUCGACUGAGCUGAGUGUGACGGUUGCCGUGGGAGCAUCGCUGCUUUUCCUCAACGUCCUGGCCUUCGCCGCUCUCUACUACAAGCGCGACAAGAGGCACGAGCUCCUCCAGCGUAGGCAUCGACGUCUUUCACCUCAACGUGGUGCCGGAGGCCCCGCAGUGGGCAUUGCGGGUAUAGCGGGCAUGGCUCCACCCCACAACGACCUGGCACUGAGUCAGGAGGAGGAGCUAAUGUCCCUCCAGAUGAAGCAACAAAGGGUAGAGCUGGACCACGGCACCCCCUUGGCGCCACGCGGUCUGCACGGCGACCUGGAGCCCCUGCGCCCACCCGUGUGCCCGCCGGACUACACGCUGGCACUGCGGCGGGCGCCCGAGGACGUGCCGCUCAUGACGGCCAACGCCCUCUCUAUGAUGCCCAGCACCAUCACCGGCAUGCAGCCCCUCCAUGCCUUCAACACCUAUCCCCCCGCCCCAGCCCCCAGCUCCAGCCACAGCAACAACGCCCUGCCCCACCAGCACUCCACCACACGCGUAUAGUAGUAGCGCCUCCAGGAAGGGGGCCAAGCACCUCGACCUCUGUGAACUCGGCCCCCCGUACGAUCAGAAAAUAUGAAUGUUUUCGAUUCGUUUGCGCUGAGUUUGUGCUGAUUUGUGCUGCUAUAGAAAAUCAUCAUGCUGGCGCAUUUCUUCAGAAAUUAAUAUUACGCUUUAUGGCCAGUGGCCAGUCACUCAAUGCCCUGUCAGCAAAAUAGUCUGGAUCGUUGGUACUAGAUUCGUGCUGGGAUCACUUUUGAGAAAUUAUACAUCACGUUUAUGACCUGUGACGUCACUUGGCAUCCCAUCAAAAACUAGUCACGAUCACUUCACUACACUCUUAAAAAAAAAAGAUGGUUCUUCAAGGGUUCUUUAGUAAAGAAAAUGGUUCUAUAUAGAACCAUAAUCACCCAAAGAACCCUUUGCAUGAUUAAAAGGUUCUUUGCAUCAUGUCAGUGUCCUUCAGACUGAUGGAAAAUGCAUUGUGUAUGGUUUAAUAUAGAAACUUUUUGGCUCUAUAUAGCACCCAAAGGGGUUCUUCUAUCAUCACGGUGUCAAGCUUGUGACAGUAGAAGAACCCUUUUGGGUGCUGUGUAGAACCUUUUUCAAAAAUCUUUCUAUAGCGCAUUUUUCAUCAGUCCAUAGUACCCUUUCAUGAUGCAAAGACCCCUUUAAUCAUGCAAAGUUUUCUUUUGGGUGUUCAUGGUUCCAUAUAGAACCGCUAAAGAAUGAAGAAUGCUUGAAGCACUAUCUUUAUAAGAGUCUAGGAGGAACACACAAACUGGUUCUUUAGGCCUAUGAAAGGUUCUUUACUCAAACAUGGUUCUGUAGGGUAGCAAAAAUGGUUCUUUGAAGAACCCAUUGUGGCAAGAGCGUAGGUAUGUUCUGUCCAAAAUAGCCUGCUAACAUUUGUACUAUGAAAAGAAACAUUUGCUCUAUAUUAAUUUCAUUACAUACAUCGACAUUUAGGGCUCUUUAUCAUGUACAUGGCAGAUGUAGCGUUGGGAGUCUAGCCCAGGGACUCUUAUUAGUAUAACUUAUAUUGUUCCCAUAUUUAAAUAUAUUUAAAUUUCUCACAUUAAACCUACCAGCACAGCGAUUUUCUUCUAAGUCGUCACAAAUGCAGCACAAACAGAAAACGCUGGUUUCAUGAUGGAACGGGGGGCUGAAUUCAUGGAGGUAGCAUCUCGCUAACCCUCUGGACACAGACUCUCGAGAGAUAUUGUCCAAAUACUUCUCCUGUCCUUUUACCUCUAACCCCCCCAGCUCUUCUCUUCCCUGUCUUUCUCCUUUUUCGAGGAGUUUUACGCUGAGAAACAGUUUGCCGGCUUCUCGUUUGGAAUUUCCCGGUCCACCUUAAAUUUAAGGCGGAACGGAAAAAUUCGAAACAAGACGCCGACGUCAGCUUCAUGAGAAACAGAGACGUCUCACCUUCUGCUUCCGUUCUUAUCUCUGUGUGUCCUUUCGUUCUUUCUCUCGCCGCAUUCUUUUCUCUUCUCGUUUAUGUUCUUCUCGUCCACGUCCGUCAUUCGGUUUUUAACACCAACUACGGGACAGUCUUUUGCCUACGUUGAACACUUUUCUAAAUCUAAAAUGUGUACAACAUUGAAACGUGUUACCGAGAAACUUGUACGGGGGUAAAAAACUAUUCUGAUAUAUCGUUUUUACCAGCAUUUCUGUGCCAAGUACUGUGAUAGUUGUCCAAUCAGACGCUGCGUCUGCUGGACCGACUUGGAGUGGACCGCCCAAAAUCUGAUCCGAAAAAAAAAAAGUGCCAAAACCUUGUUUUCCUUUUUUCUUUUCUCUCUCUCUUCUUCUUUUUUUAUUAUUAUUAAUCUUUUUUUUGGUUUUGCACUGUCGCUGGUCUCUGCUUAUGGGAAGAGAUUGAAAAUAUAAAUAAGAAUAUCUAUAUAAAGAGUCUAAAUAUAGAAUUAUAAAAUUUAUAUCUUGUUUGCUCUCUGGGAAAUUUGCAUGAUUUAUUUUCUAAAGGAAAAAGGAAAAAAGUGGACAAUUCAAGACUUCUUUUCUUGUCUCGUUUUUAUGAUCAACAUCCUUUUCUUGGAAAGUCAUUUUUCUCUCUCUGUCUGUCUUUCUCUACUUCUCUCUCUCUGUUUUUUGCUAUAUUUUUGUGCACUUCAUCCAGAUAUUCUUUGUAGAUACUUAAGCAUAUCAGGAAAAUGGAAACUGAUUAUGAUCACAAUAAAAAAAAGGAUGAAUAGAUCCCUCCUUUUUUUCCUCCAGCUGUACAACCUGCUCCAAAGGACUUAACCCCACCACCACCACCACCAAAACCUUCUCCAUUUAUACUGUAAAUUCCACUAUGUUGACCACAUCGUCUCCAAGUCAGGACUGUCCACUAUCCCCCUUUCUUUCUUUCUUUCUUUCUUUCUUUCUUUCUUUCUUUCUUUCUUUCCCUCUUUUAUCUCUCUCUCUCUCUCUCUCUCUCUCUCUCUCGCUCGUAUUCAGAAGGCCAGCCUGCUUCAACUUUUUCCCUGCCUACUUCUACACUUCAUGGCACUGUGGAGGCCGAAUGGAAAAGAGAAGGGAAGAAGAGACAGAGGACGUGGAAAAACACAGUCAGACUCUCUACGCUGACCAGUCGUAGGCCUUUAGGGUCAAAGCGGUCAGCCCCGGUUGGGCCUGGUUGGGUCUGGUGGAUCGCACGGCAAGAAAUGCUGUUUACUUGUGCUUCUGUUGGUGGACCAUACACACUAAUAUGACCUGACCACUACAGACAAGGCCACUGGAGCCUCACAUACACCUAACUCAUCGUCACCUUUCUGUUUUUCGCCCCACCGUCCCGUUUUUUGGAAAUACUCUCAAACUGCUUUCUACGGGACCGGAGACCGGACAGAAACACAGAAAACAAAACAAAACAAAACACAAACUGUACAUUUUUUUGGAAAGUGUAAAAGAGAAGACAUGGUCUUUGUAAAUAUUCUGUUUAUUGUUUGGUUUACAGAUGACCGGCCCAAAAAAACGUAUCCUUUUGUGACAGCAGGUGCAAGUUUGAGUCGUCCGGGAGUAGCUACUAGGGUCAGCCUUCCUUUCGUUCACGUUAGAUGCUGGGGUUUUUUUUUCUUUGAUGGCAUUUCAGAAGAUGACCUGGAGCCAGUUAAGAGGGCCAGUUUAUUAGAAACGCCUGCCUUGUAGCUACACUUUUGGAAACACUGGACAUCUCUGUAUGGACCACAUUUUGGUGUUGUGUUGGGUUGAAGCAAAUAUGUGGACCAUCUGGGGACCAAUCUGAGAACCACUGAUCUAGAUGACCUGAGUAAGGCUUGGUGAUGCAUCAAGAAUGUAUAAUUUACAAAUAAAUGGGACACUUUAAUUAUUUUCAAUCAUCCUAAAAUUGGAAUCACUGCCAAAAAUGUAGCACCCUAUUUUUAGAACGCCACUAAACUUGGGCAAGACCUUUAAUGUUACACUUAUCUACGACUGCAAUCACCUUUGCAUAGGAGCAAAAGCUAAAAUGCAAAAAAUUUACAUAAAAUAAUGUAAAUUAUUAUGUUAUAAUCCCCUUUAGAUUAUAUACAAACAUUCAGAUUGCAAAAAAUGGUAUCUUGUCAAGUGAAGUCAUCAAGAUACCUAAUAUUCCCCAUUUUAAGAUGGUUGUGCAUUUAUUAUAAGAUUACCAAGCUUAUUUCUACACAUUUUAAACUUGUUUUAGGUCAUUUUAUUAAGUAAGAUUAUGACACUGUACUGGCAGAUCAUUUGGCCAAAAUAGUGACAUAAUUUUAGUUAAUAGAACAGUGAAAAAUGUGUAGAAAAAAAGGUAAACAAUCUUAAAUUAAGCUUACAAUAAUCUCAAUGGUAGAAAUAUUAAUUUUCGUGACUAUAUUUAAGAUAAUUUUACUUGACAAGAUACCAUUUUUUCAGUGUGUUGAUCCUAAAUGGUGGGGUUGGGGUUAGGAUUAGGGCCAGGGUGAGGGUUGGGUUGAGGUUAAGGUUAGGGUUAGGAUUUGGAUCAGGGUUUGGAUUAGAGCAGGUUUAGAGUUAUGGUCAGUUUAGCAGAUAUUUAGUUGAAUGUACCUUGAAAGUAAAUGAAGCGUCUACAAAGUGGACUAUCCCAAUAAGGUGGUACCAAUUUAGCCAUGUAAAACUAAUCAAUGGUUCAUUUUGAGACAUUUAAAUGAGACAUUUAGCCUCACUUUAUAGACUAUAAUGUGCACUUGUGUUAAGCAAGUAAUACAGUAUCAAUUAUUGGUGUCAGUAUUGGCCAUAACACGGUGUUAAUUGUUGGUUAAUUCUAUAUCAGUAUUUACUUUUUUGGCAUGCAUUUAUUUGUCUCGAAGAUCUGGAUGUGAUUUUAUAAUCUCAGGACAGCCAUGAGAACUUUGGGGUAAGUGUGGGAGGAACCUAGACUUAUUAUAGGGGGUGGGAAACAACAGUGUGACAUCUAAAUCAGUUCAUCUCCUCAUGAAGUCAGAGCUUAAAGGUUCAAGGCGGGGGGGCGAUAGUUUGCUCGAUAGCACAUGGAUGUGAAAAGUCCCACCAAACAAUCCAGAGCAAAACCGCUUCCAGGGAAAAUCAGUUCCAUUGGCAAACAUUAGCAUUUUAUUAGCUAGCUUGUUUGGCCAAUGCUAUCGAUUACUCCAGCUUUAAAAAAGCAUGGGUGAAAGAAAUAUGGGGGCGGAGCUUUAGAGGGGCGGAGGAUUUCGUCACAGUCCAGCACCAAGGGUUUAACAAGUUGCCCCCAGAUCAAAUCGCAGAGCAGCCACCAUUGUGCUGGGAAGGUCCAUCGCCCAAAGAUCUGUUCAGUGGUGGUUCUCCAGUGGUCCCUCACCAUGGAUGAAUGGGGUAGAGGGGGAGGGGCUGAAGAAUUGAGCUACAACCUGUAACUAUAAACUUACAAAGCGCACCUGUAAAGUACCGUAGCUGUUUCUAAUAAAACGGUCAGUGUGAGCAGCUAAAGGUUAGGAGUUUCCAAUAAACUGGCCACUCAGUGGAGCCAAACGUCCAUGAAAGACCAAAGCAACCACGCCUUAAAAAGCAGCUCGGCGAUACAUGUUGCUAAUGUUGCCGACGUUCUUUCAUUCUGAUUGUUAGCGUUUUGCUUUCAUCCGUUGUUAGCAACAUUAGCAUUAUUGACUGAGCCAUUGCUUCAAGCGGACGUCCUUCAGCGGUCAAACACCGAUGGUUAAAAGCUGCGCUCUUAAAGUUAGAGGUUCUUAUAUGGUUCCUGUGGACGUUUCCAAACUUUUAAUUGGUUUAAAAGAAAGUUUCGGUUCUUUACACUCGGAUGUCGCAUUUAAAAAUGAGCUUCUACAAAGAAGCAUCCAUUCAAAUGUUCUUUAAGGAACCAAAAGUGGUUCUCGUGGCUUGGAACCCUCAUUUUUAAGAGGAUGGGUCAGUGGUGGCCAGUAAGAAGAAAAGAUUUUUGAAUCCACCUUCGGGAGAGGUGGAUUCCACCCUUCCACUCCCUCGUUUCAGUAAGCGCCGUCGUUCUCAGACGAGGGCUGCUCUUACAGUCACGCUUAUGAGCGUUUUAGUUUCAUUUUUAUUUUUUCACACGGAUUAAACGACACUGUGGGUUCAACUGCUACUCAAACCGGUUGUAGGUUUAUAGAAACGUAAAAAACUGACCCAAACAUCGGAGAUUAGCUGGGAGGGGCCUCGAUUUCUGGCUUAUCUCUUUUGCUGUGAAUUUGAGCUGCAUAUUAUAUUUCAGAAUAGAGAAUUUAAACUGUCCAUAUUUUUCUAAAGAGCAAAAAGGGGUGAACGGGGAGAGCGUCCAGUGGCAGCGGACAGACACGCGAAGCACACUUUCACCAAGGAUUCAAUGGUGAUACUCUACGGUCUGCCGUUUGCCAUGUAUGUAGUGAAAAAAAAGGGGGAAAAAAAAAAAGAAAAAAAACAGGCGAAAAAUAACAAAAAAAGAAAGGAUGAUAUUUACUAAGUGCAACUGUUCAAAUAUUAACGCUGGGUUGCCAAAAAAAAAUAAAUAAAAUAAAAGACUUGCACCUGUUGGUUUUCAUUUUGUUCAAUUUCAGCGAAAGUGCUCAAUGUGAGAGGAAACAGAGGCCGGGGUUCGGAGAAUGGCAUUAAUAUUUCUAUUUCAUAUAAAGGCUAUUACACACUGUAUGUUGUGUAUAUGAACUGGAGAACAUUAAAAGACAUUAUUAAACA